AUGACACCUCCGAGGGCAAUUAUCAAUACAAGCUCCGCAACGAGUGCAAGAGUUGGUGACCGAGAUACACGCAUUUGUUUGGAAAUUGAAGAGGCAUGUAGUUCCGCUAAAGUUGAUGAAGAGAAUAUCAUGGAUAGAUCAAAUGAAAUUGAAAUCGAUGAUGGCACUACCGGUACACCACAGGUAGUUCCAUCAUCAGAUGGUGAUGAUAUCAUCGAGGAGCCCAACUCGGGGAUGGAGUUUAAUUCGUUUGAUGAAUUGUUGAGCUAUUAUAAGCAUUAUGCUAAGAAGAACGGGUUUGGGGUGAUGACCCAAAGGAGCGAGAGGUCAGAAGAUCAAUCAGUCAGAUAUGUCACCCUUGGGUGUGCACGGGGAGGAAAGGCCCGGAAUAAAAGUUUAAAUGUUGCCAACCCUCGUCCAACAAGAAAGACGGACUGUAAGGCAAGGAUUAAUGCCUUAAGAGUCGAGGGGAAGAUGCGGUUGACAACAGUUUAUAAUACACAUAAUCACGGACUAAGCCCAAAAAAGAGUCGCUUCUUUCGAUGUAAUAGAGAUGUGAGUGAGACCGUUAAAAGGGUCCUAGACACAAACGACAUAGCUGGCAUCCGACUGAAUAAGAGUUAUGGAUCUCUUGUCGUAGGGGCAGGUGGGUUUGAGAACCUCCCAUUUUUGGAGAAGGAUUGUCGCAAUUACAUCCACAAAGCACGACAUCUACGACUUGGUGCAGGGGGUGCUGGAGCACUGAGAGAUUAUUUUAUGAGGAUGCAGUUUAAAAAUAACGGGUUUUUUGCAUUGAUGGAUUUGGACGAUGACGGUAGGUUGAAGAAUGUUUUCUGGUCAAAUCCACGUAGUCGGGCAGCCUACCAAUAUUUUGGUGAUGUGUGUAUGGACGGUAUAUCUCCAAAGGUCAUUAUUACUGAUCAAGAUCGAGCAAUGAAAAAUGCAAUUGCACUUAUCUUUCCGGAAACACGACACAGGUUUUGCCUAUGGCAUAUACUGAAAAAAGUCCCUGAGAAGCUUGGGUCAUAUGCUGCGUACAAAAGUGGGCUGAAAACUGGGUUAAUGAAAUGUGUGUACGACACACAAUCUAUUGAGGACUUUGAAAAGUGUUGGGCCGAGUUUAUUAACACAUUUGAGUUACAUGAGAAUGCGUGGUUGAAUAGUUUAUAUGCAGAGCGUGAUCAUUGGGUACCGGUUUUCCUAAAAGAGACCUUUUGGGCUGGAAUGAGUACAACCCAACGCAGCGAGAGUAUGAAUGCCUUUUUUGAUGGUUAUGUCCAUUCGAAGACAAACUUGAAGGAGUUUGUCGACCAGUUUGACAGUGCGCUUAAGAAGAAAAUUGAGAAUGAAAAUCAGGCAGAAUUCCAGUCUUUUAGUGUCACUAUCCCCUGCGUAUCUAGAUCUCCAAUAGAAAAGAAGUUUCAAGAGUUAUACACCAACGCGAAAUUCAAGGAAGUUCAGCAACAAGUAAUUGGUGUGCUUGAUCUGGAGACAUCUCUACUGACGUCAGAUGGUGUUUUGAAGAGUUAUUUGGUAGAAGAUGAAGUUCGUAUUCAGGAGUUCACAAAAAGCUUGACAUAUUCCGUGGAAUUGAAUGUGGAUGAUUGCAAUGCAAAAUGUUCAUGUGGGUUAUUUCAAAUGAGGGGGAUACUGUGUAGACAUAUUUUGGCGAUAUUCAAAUCAAACGGCAUAAAAUCAUUGCCAGACCGGUACAUUUUAGACCGGUGGAGGAAGGACAUCAAAAGGAGAUACACAUUAAUCCGAAGCAGCUACGACGAAGGGGAGCUGAGGCCAAAUGGUAAUAGAUAUCCUAUCCUUUUGAAUAUGUGUUAUACGAUGAUAGAUUAUGCGGUGGAUUGUAAUGAGCACUUUGAAGAUGCAAAGAAGAGGAUACAUGAGAUGACUGAAUGUUAUCGUCAGAACCAGCGCCCCAUAUCUUUCACCGAAUCAGGGGGUUUGGAGAUGGUAGUUACAACUGCCGUUGGUAGCUCACAACAAGUCAAGAGUCCAAAUGUUGUCAGAGGGAAAGGAAGACCCCCAUCUUUGAGGAGAGCAUCCAGGAUGGAGACAGAGCUGAGCAAGGUUAAAGCCAAACAAAGUAAGGCACAAGUGGGAGGAAAGCGCAAACAUAAUCAUCGAGAUGAAGGAGAUACAACAGCAAAGGAGACGCGCAGGAAUUUAUUUGGCCCAAUAGAGACCCCCAUCUUCAAUGUUGGAAAUUUUCAGAUUGUGGCAAACAGCGCAGCAACUGACAUUUGUGGUACCCAGUUUGGUCAUACAGUAUUUGGGACUCAAGAAACAGUAAGGCUUGUUGGUGGUUUUGAAAUUUUAGAAGAAAUUGCAAACUGGGUUAAUAGGGGAAAUUCAAGAGUUUGA